AUGAAUCGGCCUCGGAAAAGGAAGGAGUCGUCUCUUAUCAACGAGCUCAAGGAGCUUGAGCUGUUGGAUGAAGGAGACUUUGUUGACAUACCGGAGCUGGAAAACGAAGACCUUAUUGAGGAGAACUCGAGGAGCAUUAUUGUCCGAUGCCUCAACCCUACAGUCCAUAAAGUUGGCGGCUUGGUGAAGGCACUUCCUCCGAUCUGGGGCCUGGAGGAGAGUGUAAGAGGAAGAGGGGUGGGAGAAAAUACGGUCCAGUUCUUCUUCCAGCACGAGAGGGACUUACAGUAUGUGCUCACUAAGGGCCCUUGGUUUGUGAAUGGGUGGAUUGUGUCCCUCGACAAAUGGUCUCCAAAUCCAAGUCAUGAGUUCCUGUGCCAAAUUCCGUUUUGGAUUCGCAUUAGAGGAUUUCCAGUUCAUCUGCUCAAAAAGAAGGCUGUAGAAGUUCUGCUGGAUCCGCUAGGCAAAGUGGAGAAGGUAGAGCUCCAUGCUAAAAACUCCUCUUCAGUGGAGUAUGUUCGGGCACUGGUGUGGAUCAACACAGAGGAACCUCUCCAGUUUAAGAGAACUGCAAGAUUUAAAUCAGGGGAGGUGGUACCAACGGAGCUUGAAUACGAGAAACUGAUCAAAGUGUGUUUCUUGUGUAAAAGAUUAACACAUGAUCAGCUCUACUGCCCAAUGAAAGAUAAUCUGGCAGUGGACUACAGAGAGCUAGAUGUGGGGGAUAAGAGAACCACAAGGCCAGAGUCUCUGUCUAGCUCAAGUAGGCAACGCCCUGCACUUCAGAAGGCGGAGAACGCUAUACAAAGAGGGCAGCGGAAGACAAAAGCAUCACGAUCAGAGCAAGCGCCCCGACGCUCAACUACACCAAGUAACAGAAGAGAGAUGGGAAGAAAAGGGAAGUCAGUGGUGGGUGAAGCGUCCCAAGUAUGGCUACCUAAGGGCUCCCAGAGCCAAUCACUGACAGGGGUGAGACGAUCGAGGAGUACAGAGGAGUCGUCAGCCCACCCAGCGAAUAGAAGCAACUCACAGGGAAGACUGGGAGCUGGGGUAUCCUCUGGGGCUAGUCAGGAUUCACCAUCGGUUUUCAACAGACUAGGUGGUCAAAAGAGCAUCUCUCCUCACUCAAGACAGUCCUUGGCGCUACAGAAAUCUGAGGAGAGGCCUCCUGCAUCAGUGUUUGAAAGACUGGGGGGUCUAUCGUCGAAUCCUGUAUUGGAGAUAUCACUAGAGGAGACAGAGCCUAGUGGGAACAAAAAAGGAGACUUAGCAGAAGUGACGAAAGAGCUCAAAAGAAGGCAAGGAUCGAGAGUAAUCAAGAGAUCUCAACUCCAUCUGUUUUUGAGCGACUUGGCUCGGGAGGAAGAGGAUCUGGUAGUCGAAGCUCUGGUGAGAAACAUCAUUCUGCCUCUAUGGCAGCCAAUGCUCCUAACCGUUCUGCUCAGCGGAUGGUGUUGGGAAGCGGCAAAAUUGUUGAAGAAGGGUUGA